UCUUAAUCUUUUUAAUAUUUUGAUGCAAUCCAUGUAAAUACCAGUUUUGAGUAGAUUGUUGUGGCACUAUAGUAUUCUACUGUCUUAUUACCUAGUUUACCAAAAAAUUGUUUUUAAUUUUUUGGAAAAAUUUCUGCAUGUAUAGUGGCCUUUUCUAUGCUUACGACGUUGCGAAUAUCUGAAGACAUGUAGCAUAUGGAUUGUCAGAGGCGUGUCCUUUCCACAGUGUUGAUUUAUUCCAUUUAGUUUAUUAAUGUGUACAAUAUCUUCAAAUGGUUUAAUCUAUUUCUUUCCUUCUUAAAAUGAAAUGAACUAAUUGAGCUCAUUGAGGGUAUGGCUCAUCCUUCUCAUUUUGGUCUUUAAAUUAUUAGAACGGGGAUGAUGUGGACUUGGUAUUUUCUUAACCAUUUUUUUAUUAUGUUUGGCAAGGGUCUGGUUUUAUGCCCUCUUGUGAUGCACGAAUGCUUCAAUAUUGGUGACAACUGUAUCAUACCCCUGCCUGACACUGAUACACAUAUUUUAUGUCUCCCUUUUAUCAGAACUUCAAUGUUUAUAUUCUAAUCUCCUGUAUACAUUUUUUUUAUAGAGCCGUUUAUCAUCAUCAUAACUUGAAUUAUAACACUUUUAUUUAAAUUUGGCUACAAUAAUGAUUUUUCAAUAAUUUUUGUAAGAGAUUAAAGCAUAGUAAUAAUAUGAAAACGAUGACAAAUCAAUGUAAAUAUCUGCUGUAUUUAGAAAAAAAAAAUAAUGUAAACUUUUCAGUGAACUGUCGACAUAUGGAAGGCACUUCAUAUUCUUGUAGUAAAAACUGCUCCCUAGUUUUGUUGUUUCCUUUUCCAGAUUUUGUUGUAUUUUUUACAAGAUAAAAGGGAAAAUUUGUUUUUGUGUUUUUCCAAUGCAUUCAUCCUUUAACUUUUCUUAUAAGGUAUAGAUGCUUUUUUAAACCUUUCAUUUUUGUUCUUUAUUCAAGGUGUGCUCCACAGUUUUUUUUCCCUCCUUUUAAAACAAAUUGUCAUUUCAGUUUAAAUAUUCCGUGUCUUUUAGCUGGAACACUGGGUUUGCUUAAAUUUUGUGUUCAGUUGGUCUUGUCUUUACUACUGAUACUUAAUAGAAGGCAAAUAUAAGAGUAUUUUCCUUUUAUGCCUGAUUGUGCACAUAGUUGAUUAUCUUUUUCUAGUGCAGGAAAAGAAUAGAAAAUGCUAACAUGUGCUGAGUGAUCCUUUGUAAACCUUGCCAGGUAAGUCUGUUGUUUGAGUCAUCCUACUUCCAAUCUCCUCUUUUCAAGUCAUAUCUGAACCCUUGCUGCUACAUAUAGAGUGAGAAACCAUCAUCCAUGUCGUUUAAAUAUCAGCUUUGUCAUUUUUUCUCUCCCUUUACUUUCUUUUCUCCUCAUCUUUAUUUUCUUACCUUAGACUGGGAGGUGAUCUUCUGGUGUCAAUGAAGAGAGGUAUUCUGUAACUUUGGAUUCAAGUAGUUGGACUUGUUGGGGCUCUUGGUUUUUGUCAUGCCUGAGGAGAAUAUGAGUGUCAACUGUCUAGUUUCUGUCAAUUUAUGGAAAAUUCCCUAGAGUUGAUGAUCUGAAUCAUAUUUUCCUCCUCUCCUUCAGAAGUAAUUGCUCGUGGCGAUUCUCCUCCCUUGAUAAAAUUGUUGUGUGGCUGGUAAUCAUGCUUCUCUUUUCAUGCAUGCCUGUUGAUGGUGUUCUAAGUCACCAGGGCUGUAACCUUCCUCUAUCAUGCAAUUUUGGUGGUAAUUGGAACACUAACAUAGAUAAAAUAGUUCAUUCUCUGGACAUGAAGUUUCAAGCUAGGUGGUCUUCUGUAGGCCUAGAUCCUUUUGCCCUGUAAGGGAUUGAAUGGCAAAUGAUGAAAACUGAUGAAUAAUAUAUUGGUAAUCUAAGGAAAUUUUCUAUUGACUAGACAUGUGGAAGUGCCAGUGGUGGUUGUAUAUGCUGUAAGUGGAAGAGGAAGGUUGUGAUUAAUACCUCACUGUCUAUUUUGACACCUGAGAUUCAAGUGAGUUAUGGGGCAUAGACAUUUAUAUAGCACAUCUCCAAUGUUUGAGGGUGAACCUGACCAGAACUGGAAUCAUAUGCAUACUGAUCAACAAUAUGUGCACCUUGGUAGGACUACUGCCUCAGACAAUGGUUCAUUUAUUUAUCCUUUGGAGAAUAUGUCGAUAGAUAGCAUUUCUUUUCCAUCUCAUUGGAACUCUGUGACAAGGUCAAAUGGAUAUCCAUCCACAAGUCUCAACGUUGAAGGACCCCCUCAUCAACCAGAUGCAUCGGGCACUUCUCAUGAUCAUAUUAUGCAUUCAUCAAGUGCUGGAACCUUUUUUUCAGCGUCUGAAAAUUAUGCACACCAGCCUUCUAAUUCCAAUUAUGACAGACAAGCAUUCUCUGUUAUUGAUGGUGGUUUUGUUGAUCUUACAAUGGGAAAUGGACGAGUGCCUCACAAGCGAAAGAGCCCUGGAAACCCUUCAGUCUGUGAGAGCGGUAGUACAAGUAGAUACUUUAAUGCUGGAAAUGCAGCUGAUCGUCCUUCAUCUUCAGAAUUACGGCCAGAGAAACCAAAUGUGGAUUCUCUAUAUAUGUCCUGGGAUCAUGUUAAUAUGGCACCCACAUUCAGAGGUAGCAGCCUUUCGAUUCGGGGUGAGGGCUCUUCAAGGAAUGUGAGGAGCCGUUCUUCACUUGAUUUGGAACCCAACCUGGCUAGAACCCAUUUAUCAAGUACUCAUUCACACAACCCAUACUCUGCUGGUCCACCAAUUGACCAUUCUAGCACUGUGGAUCUUUCAACUCAACCUCCUGGCACUUUGACAAGGGAUUGGAGCCAAAUGAACAUGUGUCCUGCUCAUGGAAGAGUUUUAUCAUCAGAUGCAAAUGCUUUUAAUCAUGAAGCAAGUCAUUUCCUUAUUGGAAGUGGUUCUAGUAAUGCUCCUGUAGAUGUUGGGGUUUUUAAUAAUGAAUUUGGUACAGGCAGAAAUCCUAGUGCUCCUCAAUGUUUUCAGAAUAAUUUGACUCAAACUGCUAGGGGAGUUCGCAGUAACUACUCUCAAAGAUCUGCUCCAACUUUUAGGGCUUCUUCAAGCUUUCGCUUGGGUCAUGUGGCACCUUCUGAUGAUGGGUUGCAUAUGGUGGCUGAAAGUUACUCUUCUAGGCAUCUUAGGCCAUUGACUACCAUAGGUUGGCGGAACAGUGAUAGAAACGGAAGGUCAAGGAUGCCUAGUGAUAGAUAUCGAUCAUUGGCUGAUGAGGUUGGGUUCAAUGAUCGAUUUUCCUCAGAGGGUUUCAUGAUUGUUGAUCGCACUUCACUGUAUAGUUCUAGGAAUAUGCUUGAUCAGCAUAGAGACAUGAGGAUGGACAUAGACAACAUGAGUUAUGAGGAACUACUUGCACUUGGAGAGAGAAUUGGCCAUGUGAGCACAGGUUUGUCUGAGGAUUUGAUUUCCAAACAUUUGACAGAAACAAUAUACUGUUCAUCUGAUCCAAGUCAAGAAGAAGGAAGUUGUGCGAUCUGUCUGGAAGAAUACAAGAACAUGGACGAUGUUGGGACACUGAAAAGUUGUAGACAUGACUACCAUGUGAGUUGCAUUAGGAAGUGGUUAUCUAUGAAGAACGUAUGUCCAAUCUGCAAAGCUUCUGCUUUGCCCGAGGACAUGAACGAUAAAUAAAUAAUUUAUUCAUUCUACUUUAGUUUAACGUAUAUCAUUUUGUACAUAUAUUUGGAUAUUCCUCGAAGCGGAGAAAACAGACUUGAUAUUAUAUGUUGUAAUAGGAAUGUUACUGCAUGUCAAUGGAUUCGUUGGCUUCGGCUUCGCUCUUAAUUUCGUGAAGCCUUGAAAUUGCUACUUAAGUAUUAGAGGUGAUUCGAUCGAACCUUGAAAAGAUCGUCGAAGGCUGUCCACUUUACAAUGUAGCAUCCCUCUAGAGUAAGCUCCUAAAAUGAGUAAUUAAAUUAAAUUUUAAUUUAAAUACAAUGGAGUUUUUACUCCUUGUAAU